AAAAAAAAACUCCAUCUUAGGACAUUGGGAUUGUGGACUCCAAGUUUAUCAUCUUCAUCGACUGGCUAGGGUUCCAAAUUUGGCUUCAUCUGCAAUCUCGCCUAGGGUUCUAUUUCAAAAUUUUCCAGGGUUUUGAAAUGGAGGAUACACCUAAAGCAGAAGAUCAGUUGCCUGAGGGAGCCUCAGAAAGUGCGCCUCAAAAGAUGACAGAAACCCGUGAGGAGAUGCUUUCUAGGCAUAGGAAAGAAAUCUCUAAGCUACAGGACAAAGAAAUUUCUAUGAAAAAGGCAGCAGCUAAAGGCAGCAAAGCUGAACAGAAAGCUAAGAAAAAACAAGUGGACGAAGAAGUAUCUAAACUUUCUGCAAAGCUCAAAGAAGGGCAUGCUGGGGAACUUGCUUCUUUAGGCUACAGUGGUGAUAGUAAUAAUGAUAAUGGGAAGGAAAAAGGGAAUCUUGACACAUUGGUGAAGGCCAUUGCUGGUGUUUCUGUCAGUAGUCAAACUGACCAUUCAAAACCCAGCAAGAGCGUGAAGAGACGUGAGAAAAGAGCUCAACAAGAGGCAGCCAGAGAGCAGAGAAUACAAGAAGAGCAGAGUAAUAUCAUAAGUGAUCGGGUUAUUGAGAAUGAAAAGUUAGAAAGAAAGCUUGAGCCCCUUGGAUUGACUGUUAACGAAAUAAAGCCUGAUGGACACUGUCUCUACCGAGCUGUGGAGAAUCAGUUGGCUAUCCACACUGGUGGUUCAUCGCCUUAUUCAUAUCUUGAACUGCGACAGAUGGUGGCAGCUUACAUGAGGAAACAUGCAACUGACUUUCUCCCUUUUUUCCUCUCUGAGAAUGCAGAAGAGGGAGAAUCGGAUGAUUCUCUUGUAGGAAGGUUCGAGAAUUACUGUAGAGAAGUGGAGUCAACUGCUGCAUGGGGAGGACAACUUGAGCUUGGUGCUUUAACUCACGUCUUAAAGAAACAUAUAAUGAUAUUCUCAGGGUCGUUUCCUGAUGUGGAGAUGGGAAAGGAAUACAAAUCCAGCAGUGGGUCUGGCUCUUCAGCUUCCAGUAUAAUGCUAUCUUACCACAAGCAUGCUUUUGGGCUUGGUGAGCACUAUAACUCACUUAUUCCCAGUUCAGCUUGAUAGGUUUGAUUUAUAUUAUGUGGAACAAAUGUUCACAGCAACAUGAUAAUUCAACUGAUAUCAUGACUUACAGCAAACCGAUCUAGCAACAGUCUCAUUUGUGUCAUAAGUUUCGAGUUCAAUGCGUUUUGUCUUUCUACAAUGUUAUUAUAGGACUAAAUCCUAGCUUAUGGAUUUGGUUUUCUGUUCUGUGACAACUCAUACUUCCUUUCGUUCGUAUUCCAAAUUAAGAGUUUCUCUG